UAUGUGUAAACAAAAAAUAUAUUAUUUUAAAAUAUUUACACUGUCUUCUUUCUUUUAAAAUUUGAUUAUACUUGUGAUAAUGACAUAACAGUGCAUGCUAUAUCAAACAUGAUUAUAGACUUUCUAUAUGGAUUUUGCUCAGCAGAUAGACUUACAAUAUAUCAGGCUUUAAGCACCUAGCUGGAUAAAAGAAGUAACAGAAAUGGGCCUGUCUUUCUAAAAUGAGUUUAGAGAGAAAAGUAUUUUAUCAGCAACUAUAUACCAGCUAGACCAAACUUUUUUUGUCAUUAGACCAAAGAUGGCCCACAUUUAAUUAUUUAUAAGAAAUGCUCAAGAUGAAAGAUGUCUUAAGGUCAAUUUACUUUUCAAACCUGAAACCUAAAAACCAAAAUAUAAAUACUCGGAAUCAGGUAUUAACUAUCCACCUCUUGUGAAAACAUUGGCUACUGUCAAGGCUUACAUUGAAUCUCUACCACUUUUAGAUGAGCCAGAAAUGUUUGGGCUCCAUGAGAAUGCAAACAUAGCCUUUCAGUUGAAUGAAACCAAUGCUAUACUUGGUCUUAUGGUGUUGUCUUAUGGGAACUGUUGACAGAAGAAGUACCCUACAAAGAUGUGGAUUCUUCUGCUAUCUGUUCCAGGCACUUGCCCAGAGGGCUUUAAAUUGCUGAUGAGGCAGUGCUGGUAUUUUAUGCCUCAUGGUAUUACAGCGGACCAUCAAGGAAAUAUUUGGUUAACAGAUGUAGCAAUGCAUCAGGUUUUUAAAAUACCACCAGGUCAGACUGUACCAAAAAUGACACUAGGACAGAAGUUCCAACAUGGUGAAGAUACAAAUCUUUUUUGUAAACCUACUGAUGUAGCUGUUCUUAUGUCUGGAGAGUUUUUUGUAUCUGAUGGGUACUGUAAUAGCAGAGUUCUGAAAUUUUCCAAAGAUGGAACUUUUUUGAUGUCCUUUGGGAAAAGGAAUGUUCAGUUUGGUGCAGGAGGUUUACUGUAUGCUGUGAAUGGUCCUGCUUUUGAUGGUCCCAUUGAUACAACUGUCCAGGGUUUCACAUCAGACAUAAAUACUGGAGAUUUGUUGGAAAUGUGGAAUGUACCAGAUAACAUGCGAAACCCACAUUAUGUAGCAGCAGAUCCAGUAACACGUAGCAUCUAUGUAGGGGAAUUGGACCCUGAAAGUGUUUGGAAGUUUAGCAGACCUGUUACAGUACAGUCAAGUUCACAGCAUAACAAAGUUGAGGAAAGUACUCAGAGCCAGUUACUGUCAGCAAUCCAUUGGACCAGAGUGAAACCAAUACCACAGAGUUGUCUGAGGCUAUCAAAGAUAGCAGUGAUGUCUCUCCCUCUGUCAUCAAUUGGCAUCUUACUUGUGGAAAAUUUAAAUGUUAUGGACAUGGAAAGAAGGGAAAGGUUUUUAACCUUAAAGGCUUUACUUGGAAUUCUCAUAAAGGCUUUGAUAGACUUAGUACUGAGGAAAGUGAUCAUGAGGUUGACCCAGAUGAUUUAGAUGAUAAAGACUAUUUGACACCUCCCAAGACGAAUAAAGCAUAGCCUCAAGUUCAAGGCUGACUAAAUUGUGUAAAUUAAUCUUUUUUUUUCUUUGUUAUUAGUUGUUCAUAUCAUUUUCAGAUUCAACUUGUAAACAAGUUUAAACCCUGACUGUAUUCUGCCAUUACAGUCAGGGUUUAAACUUGUUUACAAGUUGAAUCUGAUACCAACUAAAUCUCAUAAACACAUAAUUAACCAUAGACCCACCUCAUGUAAAAAAAAAUGUUUUACAUAUUUCGGAUGUUCUUUCAGAGUUGAAGAUAGUUUACUUCCUAGUCCAAAUCUCCCGCAGGACGACGGGGGAUGGGAGUGGGCAGGGUUUGAACCCGGGACCAUCGAUAAAUCCAAACGACAGUCCAGCGUGCAAACCGCACGACCAGGCAGCCAUAUUACAUGUUAUUAGUUGUAAGUUGUAUUACAAUAACUAAGUGAUUUUGAGCUCAUAAAAUUUCAAAAUAAAAUUAUAAAAUGCUUUUGUCAUUCUAAAAAAGAAAAAAAGAUUACUAUGUUGGAUUUUUUUUGGAUAGCAAAGGCUAUUUGUCCUUUUUAUUUCAAUAUGUGAUAUCAAAAUUUUUAAUUCAUUAAUUUGUUCAAUAUUUGUCGAAAGUUUGCUUUUGAAUAAAAUAUUUAUCAGCAUUAUUAUCAUUUAAUAAGUAUAUUUUGUUUUUUAAUUUUAUGAAUGAUUUGAUGUUAUAAUGCCAGGUCAUUUACAAAGCACACGCCUGCCAACUUUCUUUUUGCAAUGAUUCUCAAAACUUAAUUAGCUACCAAAUGAUUGUUUGCUCACUUGGUUGUGAUGAUUCAACAUUCCUGUUAUGUUCCACCAUUUCCUUCUUCAAUUCUAAAGCUGGCUUUAUUUCAUCUAGUGAACGUACCAUUAGUGUUAGUGACCCUGGCAAACUAGCCAUUUUAUGCACAAUUUUAAAAUGUUCAUAUGGAUAAUAUGGUUAGUUUUUUUAUAGCAUUUUUGACUACAUGGAGUUCCAGACAACUUUCCAUGUUGCUGGUCCCUUUCUCAUGUCAUUAUUAAAUCUUAUUUAAAAAACAAAAAAAAAAUUUGUUAGAUGGUAACAUUGUCCAAAUUGUUACUAGUUUUAUGUAAUGUGUUUGAAAACUAUGACUUCCUUAGAUUGACUACUAGACUCUCAUUCAUGUAUUGCAUUUCUUUAUUUUAAAAUCUUGUUAAGGCUUGUUUAAAAUCUCUCGACACUCAACUUUUUAUGCCAUAUUACAAUGUUUAUUUGUUAAUUCAAUUGUUUAGUCAAAUGUUUGUUUUCCAAAGUGUUACUAUUUGGUGCAAUCAAAAUAUUUAGUGGCAUUUUACAUACAAACACUGGUAGUUGAAAUCAGUAGCACAUUUUAGCUAAUUUCUGAUGAAUCAAAAUAAAAAUGUCAUGAUAUAAAAAUAAUUUUAAAUUUAAAAACCUAUAUGAAAAAAAUUGUAUUUUUUGUAAAUAUAGUUACAGUUAUAUUGAAUAGAAUUAUUUAUGUUAGCAACUUUUGAAUGCAUCACAUAAUUUUAAUUUGACACAGAAACUGAAAAUCAUUUCAAUUAAAGAUUGUUGACUGUUGUUUCACCUCAGAUGAAUUGAUUACAUUUUAAGAGGUUAUCAGAUAUUUAUAUUUAUGACAUACAAUCUUUUUGUUAUGUUAUGAGUUGUUUUUGUUUUUAUUUUCUACAUGUUCAGGGUAUAAAGUUCUAGUGCAUACAUACGUAGAUUUCAACCCACAUUUUUUUAGUUCUUACUUGUGUAUUUACAUACAUGUACUAAGAACUAAUAUGAAAUUACAACUUAAUCAUUUUUUGUGUGAUUUUUAUGUAUUCGAACCAAUUUUUAUUUUAAAUUAGCACAAGUUAAAUCUGUUGAUCAGAAUUUUUUUCCUUGGUAAUAGUUAUAUUUAUACUCAAACCCAUUUGAUGUUACUUCUGCAAAGAUUUAUAGACACUCAGAGGAUAUGAUAUUAGCAUGGUAGACACAAUUAAACUUUUAAGGCAGAGUUUUGGAAUUAAAGCUAAAAUUUUAAAAUAAAUCAAAAACAUUGAUAAACAAGCUGUUUACUGCUAGUUUAGUGCAUCAAUCCAUUGUCUGCUUUUGAUUUAGUCUUUGGUUCUUGAUUUCUAUGCUGCACUGUGUCAAUAACUUUACUUUUUUAGAGCAGUUCUAUUAAUCUCUUUCAAAUACUAUUUGCUUAUACUAAUCAGAAUGUAAGAUUUAAUGGGUUUGAUAUUUGUUUCAACUGGUGAUGGUCCCCCUAAAGUAUUGUAUUAGUACUUCAAAACUUACUUAUGUACAGUUUCAUUAAUUAAUUAUAUUUUUUAGGCUGUUGAAGGUUUAUCAAUUGAUUUUUUUUUAUCUGGUGGAGACAUUUAACCAUUUUGUUUUUGCCACAAAAAAAAAUUGAACUUGUCUGUUUUGAAAAAUGAAAUCAAAAGUGAAUGAUCACCUAGUCUUUGAAAGUUCAAAAUAUUUGUACUACUUUAUUGAUGUCAUGUACUCACAUAAUAUUUGUGUGUUAGUGUUUGUCUUAACAUGUUGAUGUUGUUUUGUGAUAUCUAUAUCAACAUUGUCUCUUGUUGGUGGGGUAUGCAAGACAUUGGUUCUAUGCUGUUGGUAAAAAUUUCUCAUCCUUCAUUGACUUCCAAUGUACUCCACCUUGCACUUAGAGUGUUUUAUGGAGUGCUAGAAAUCUAAAAAGUAUCCCAGUCAUAAUAGAAGAUUUAGAGCAUUUCAUUUUUACUUUGCUCUUUUUUUUUUUAUUGUGUAUGUUCUUAAUUGUAAUCAACAUCUGACGGUGCUACAUAAUGUUUUAUUUAAUGACUGAGCAUAAUGCUUAAUUUGAUUUUAAUGUGGCUAAGAUUCAAGAAACAUGUUUAUAAGUUCAUUGCUAAAAACACCUGGUGCAGAGUACAUGUGUAUUUAAUCUCUGAAUGAAAUGGGACUAACAAUGACUUUCAAAAUAGGGAUGUCAUUUGUUUCUCAAAUGUUAGUAGCAUAGAAAACAUGGACUGUGUGGUCUAUUUAUCUUAAUGUGUGUUUGAUGUAUUGUAAGUGAUCAUAUGUAACAGUUAUGGGUAUAGAGAAUAAAAUACAAAAUAUUUAA